AAAGCAAUAUUUACAAAAAAACAUUUUCAAUUUCUAAUUCAUUUUAGCUCGUAAUGGAAGGUUAUGGGUACACGUACCCUCCCUCUUUUCCCCAAGUGGCGUUCCCAGUUGGAGAGUUCCCGGACCAUGGGGACGGGUUUCGGGAAUAUUAUGGCUUGGGGCCCAUGAAUGUGGAUCGGGAGGUUAACAGACGCGGUCGUUCAAAAGAACGAAAGUCCAGAAAACGCGAGAACACAAGUUCCCGAUCGAGAAGUAGAACGGUCUCCAAAUCUCGGUCUCGGUCACGACCUAGGGCGAGAACUCGUUCUCAGUCUGAGUCGCACAGCCAUCCUAGAACUCGGACUCGGACCAGAUCUAGAUCUAGGAGUCGAACUCGUUCUGUAUGUGAUAGCAACAAAGAGUUGAAUUUUAAAGAACCGGGGAUUAUGGAUGCGUUUCGAGUAUUGUAUUUGACACCAAGCAAACAUAAAAAGGGUGCUAACAAAUAUUUGGCGACAAAGAAACGCCUGGAUCGGAUACAGGAGUUACUAAAGAGAGACGGUCUCGGCUCCAAGCGGUGGCUGUUCUACCCCCGUUCCCGAAACCGAGUACCCGUACCGAGCGAGGUACCGGGUAUCCGGGACAACUGUGACCAGCGUGUCAAGGUGGAUGGGGAAUUCUUCAGAAAGUACAAGAACAGUAAGAGAGUAGAUGUCGAUGCGCCAAUAGCGAAACUGAAGAGGUGGGAGUUAGUGUUAUAUAAGAAGCUAGGGUUUAUACAGGCUGUUUAGU